CAGUUGGUACUGCGGUUGGCAACCGUGAUUCACGAUUCGUAUACGUGGUACGUGUUUUGUGUAAUGUAGAAUAUAGCUGCAAGGAUAUCAACGUACACGUUACAGGCUAAAUUCAGGAUAUUUUCAGGCUACGGGGCGUUGAGAAGCCGAUAUUCAGUAUGGUACUCAUCGCUGCUGCAGUUUGCACCAAGGCAGGCAAGACCAUCGUGUCCCGCCAGUUUGUCGAAAUGACCAAGGCCAGGAUAGAGGGUCUGCUUGCCGCCUUCCCAAAAUUGAUGAGCACCGGCAAACAGCACACGUUUGUUGAAACUGAAUCUGUGCGAUACGUUUAUCAGCCAUUGGAGAAACUUUAUAUGCUACUCAUUACUACUAAGGCCAGCAACAUUUUGGAGGAUUUGGAAACCCUCAGACUUUUUGCGAGAGUGAUUCCAGAGUACUGCAAAUCGAUGGAGGAAGUUGAGAUAGCUGAGAAUGCCUUUAACCUCAUAUUCGCCUUUGAUGAAAUCGUAGCCCUAGGAUACAGGGAAAGCGUCAAUUUGGCACAGAUCAGAACUUUCGUGGAGAUGGACUCGCACGAGGAAAAGGUCUAUCAAGCUGUUAGGCUGACUCAAGAACGAGAGGCCAAGAACAAAAUGAGGGAAAAGGCCAAGGAACUUCAAAGACAGAGAAUGGAGGCCAACAAGAAAGGGGGGGUCAAGGGUCCUGGCUUCGGCGGCGGCUAUGGAUUCACAUCCAGUCCAUCGGUUGGUGAUUCUGCAAAUUUCGUCCCAGAGCCUGUGAAACCAGCUUACACUGCACCACAAAAGCCAACAUCUGCUGGUCCCCGUGCCAUGAAGCUCUCUGGAAAAUCGCGUGACGUUGACUCUUUUGUAGACCAGUUGAAGGAAGAGGGAGAGAACGUGACCACCGCGUCAUUGGCCGCUCCUGGUGUUAAAACUGUGCACACUUCGCCGCAAAUCAUUAACACAGAACCGGUGCACUUGAGACAGGAGGAGCGACUGACUGUCCGCGUGGGCCGUGACGGAGGAGUUCAACAUUUGGAACUCCACGGACUGGUCACCCUGCAUAUCUCAGAUGAAAAAUGGGGAUGCAUACGUGUGCAGCUAGAGAACAAAGAUACACGCGGUGUGCAACUCCAGACACAUCCCAAUGUCGAUAAGGAGCUGUUCAGGACACAGGGACAGAUUGGACUUAAGAACCCAGCAAAACCAUUCCCUCUGAACACAGAUGUUGGCGUGUUGAAAUGGCGUUUGCAGGCGCAAGACGAAUCAGCUUUACCAAUUUCGAUAAAUUGCUGGCCAUCCGAAAACGGCGAAGGUGACUGCGACGUGAAUAUUGAAUACGAAUUGGAACAGGACAAUCUCGAGCUGAACGAUGUUCAAAUAAAUAUUCCUCUACCUAUUGGGGCCACCCCUGUUGUUGGAGAGUGCGAUGGCCAAUAUACGCACGAGGCACGACGAAAUACAUUGGUGUGGUCACUACCACUAGUGGAUGCUUCAAGCAAAUCUGGAUCAAUGGAAUUUUCGGUUCACUCCUCUACACCGACAGACUUUUUCCCCCUACAAAUCUCCUUCUCCUCUAAGACCCCAUACGCAAGCAUCAAGGUUAAUGACGUCCUUCUGGUCGAGGAUGAUAGUCCAGUCAAGCAUUCCGUAGAGACGGUAUUUUUUACCGAGAAUUAUGAAAUUGUUUAGAGUCAUUGCACAUAAUAUAAACAAGUUGAUUAUGCAAAAGGUAAGCAGAAUUCAGUAUAAUGAAUCAAUCGAUUGUCGUAUCGAACUAAUUUCGUGCGGGUGUACAAAAUGAAGAGGUGGUGUACCAGAUUUGGACAAGCUACGCGCGAUUUUAUAAUUUUUAUUCGUUGUUUGUAAUAAUCUGCUACUACUUUUUCUUCUCGACAUCUUAGUCAGACAGCUUACCUGUAUUUAAAUCGCGCCUGGAUUCGAAAAUCUGUUACUGUCUCCGGAAUUUAUUUUAAAUCGGUGUAAUUUUCAUUACAUUAAUCAAAUGGAAUCCGAGAAUUAAGAAAAUUAGGUCAACAUUCAAACUUCAAUUUUGAAAAAUUUCAUACAAAGUACCAUGCGGCUGUUUCAUUUGCAGCCAGCCAAACCUUGUCCUCUAACGCAGUGUGACAUAUAAUAUUGUAGAAAUAAAUGGUUUUCAUCACUGACGUGAUAUUCCUUAUA